AGCUAUUGUUUUCCCUGGAUCACUGGCAUGUUGAUGACUCGGAUGCUAAAAAAGCAGACAGUUUUGCUGUUCUUGCAUUUUCGAUCCAAGAAUGCAGGCGAGAACUAACAGAAAUCCUAAGAAGGAGCUUGUUAUAGAGUCUCCGCAGCAGUGCAAGGAUGCAGGUGCCUGCGAGGCAGAAGUGGACAGUCCUGUGGUGGUGCUGGCAAAACCAAAGCUCAUCGAACCAAUCGACUAUGAAAAUGUCAUUGUUCAAAGGAAAACACAAAUUCUGAAUGAUGCUCUACGUGAGAUGCUGCUUUUCCCUUAUGAUGACUUUCAGACAGCAUUAUUGAAACGGCAGAGUCGAUACAUACAUUCCACCGUCCCUGAAAACGCAGAGAAAGAAGCUCAAAGUUUGUUUGUAACUGAGUGCAUCAAAACCUACAAUUCAGACUGGCAUGUUGUUAACUAUAGAUAUGAAGAUUACUCAGGAGACUUUCGACAGCUUCCAAAUAAAGGGACUAAAUCAGAGAAGCUUCCGGUUCAUUUGUAUGAAGUGGAUGAAGAUGCAGAUAAAGAUGAGGAUGCAGCAUCUCUUGGAUCUCAGAAGGGUGGGAUAACAAAGCAAGGAUGGCUCUACAAAGGCAACAUGAACAGUGCAAUCAGUGUGACAAUGCGGUCAUUUAAGAGAAGGUUUUUCCACUUAAUCCAGCUUGGUGAUGGAUCCUAUAAUCUCAAUUUCUACAAAGAUGAAAAAAUAUCRAAAGAACCUAAAGGAUCUAUAUUUUUAGAUUCAUGCAUGGGAGUGGUUCAGAACAAUAAAGUCAGACGUUUUGCAUUUGAGCUGAAGAUGCAAGACAAAAGUAGUUACCUUUUAGCUGCAGACAGUGAACUGGAAAUGGAAGAGUGGAUAAACACACUGAACAAAAUCCUCCAGCUUAACUUUGAGGCUGCAAUGCAAGAAAAACGAAAUGGAGAAUCUCAUGAGGAUGAUGAGCAAAGCAGAAUGGAAAGCUCCUCAUGUAGUUUUGAUAACUACUAUCCUGAAAGUGCAAAGAGCGCCAGAGAAGCAGAAAUCAAGUUCAAAAGUGAAAGCAGAGUUAAACUAUUUGCCUUGGAUCCGGAUGCACAGAAACUUGACUUUUCUGGUAUUGAACCAGAAGUGAAGCCAUUUGAAGAGAAAUUUGGAAAAAAAAUUCUUGUGAAGUGUAAUGAUUUAUCCUUCAAUUUGCAAAGCUGCGUUGCUGAAAAUGAAGAGGGACCAACUACAAAUGUAGAACCAUUCUUUGUCACAUUAUCAUUAUUUGAUAUUAAAAAUAACCGGAAGAUUUCAGCAGAUUUCCAUGUUGAUUUGAACCACAUCUCAGUGAGACACAUGAUAUCCAAUGCUUCCCAACAAAUGAUGAAUGGUAGUGGUGACAGCUUGCACAGAAUUCAAGGGAUUUAUGAAACAGUACUGCAGUAUCCAAGACAGGGAAUAUUUUCAGUCACCUGUCCCCAUCCUGACAUUUUCCUUGUGGCUAGAAUAGAAAAAGUAUUACAAGGAAGUAUUACCCAUUGUGCUGAACCAUAUAUGAAAAGUUCAGAUUCUUCCAAGGUUGCACAGAAGGUUUUGAAGAACGCUAAGCAGGCAUGCCAGAGAUUAGGACAAUACAGAAUGCCUUUUGCCUGGGCAGCUAGGACACUGUUUAAAGAUGCCUCAGGAACACUAGACAAAAAUGCAAGAUUUUCUCCUCUCUUCAGACAAGACAGUAAUAAACUUUCAAAUGAAGACAUGCUGAAGUUGUUAGCAGAUUUCAGAAAACCUGAAAAGAUGGCCAAGCUUCCUGUUAUUUUAGGAAAUCUGGAUGUUACGAUUGAUAACGUGUCACCAGAUUUUCCAAAUUAUGUUAACUCAUCAUACAUUCCCAUGAAACAAUUUGAAAACAGUACCAAGACACUAAUAACGUUUGAAAUAGAGGAAUUUGUUCCCUGUAUACCAAAACAUACUCAGCCUUUCACCAUCUACAACAAUCAUCUUUAUGUUUAUCCAAAGUACUUGAAAUAUGACAGUCAGAAGUCCUUUGCAAAGGCUAGAAAUAUUGCAGUAUGCAUUGAGUUCAAGGAUUCUGAUGAAGAGGAUUCUCUACCUUUAAAGUGCAUCUAUGGUAGACCAGGUGGACCAAUAUUUACUAGAAGUGCAUUUGCUGCUGUUUUGCAUCACCACCAAAAUCCAGAAUUUUAUGAUGAGAUUAAAAUAGAAUUGCCAACUCAGUUACAUGAAAAACAUCAUUUGUUGUUCACCUUCUACCAUGUCAGCUGUGAUAAUUCAAGCAAAGGGAGUACAAAGAAGAAAGAUGUUGUUGAAACACAAGUUGGCUUUUCUUGGCUUCCACUAAUAAAGGAUGGAAGAGUGGUGACAAAUGAGCAACACAUUCCAGUGUCAGCUAAUCUUCCAUCAGGCUACCUUAGUUAUCAAGAAGUGGGGACUGGAAAGCAUUCUGGUCCUGAAAUCAAAUGGGUAGAUGGAGGCAAACAACUGUUAAAAAUAUCCACUCAUCUGGUGUCAACAGUGUAUACUCAGGAUCAGCACUUGCAUAAUUUUUUUCAGUACUGUCAGAAAACAGAGUCUGGAGCUCGUGCACUGGGAACUGAUCUUGUAAAAUAUCUUAAGAGCCUUCAUGCUAUGGAGGGCCACGUAAUGAUAGCUUUCCUGCCAACUGUUCUCAACCAGUUGUUCAGAGUUCUCACUAGAGCUACUCAAGAGGAGGUUGCAGUCAAUGUGACAAGAGUUAUUAUCCAUAUUGUGGCCCAGUGUCAUGAGGAAGGUUUGGACAGUUACCUGAGGUCUUAUGUCAAGUAUGCUUAUAAAGCUGAACCUUAUAUUGCUUCUGAAUAUAAGACUGUACAUGAAGAAUUGACCAAGUCCAUGACCACAAUUCUAAAGCCAUCUGCUGACUUUCUUACAAGCAACAAACUGCUUAAGUAUUCAUGGUUUUUCUUUGAAGUUCUGAUAAAAUCCAUGUCUCAGCAUCUGAUAGAAAACUCUAAAGUGAAGCUGUUGCGAAACCAGAGGUUUUCCGCUUCCUUUCAUCAUGCAGUUGAAACAGUUGUUAAUAUGCUCAUGCCUCACAUCACCCAGAAGUAYAGAGACAAUCCAGAGGCUUCCAAAAAUGCAAACCACAGCCUCGCUGCUUUCAUAAAAAGGUGUUUUACCUUUAUGGAUAGAGGUUUUGUUUUCAAACAAAUCAAUAACUACAUCAGCUGCUUUGCCCCAGGAGAUCCAAAGACACUCUUUGAAUUCAAAUUUGAAUUUCUCCGUGUAGUCUGUAAUCAUGAGCACUACAUCCCUUUGAAUCUACCAAUGCCAUUUGGAAAGGGCAGAAUUCAGAGAUACCAAGACCUUCACCUUGACUAUUCAUUAACAGAUGAGUUCUGUAAGAAUCACUUCUUAGUGGGAUUGCUUCUGAGGGAGGUGGGAAAUGCGUUACAGGAGUUCAGAGACAUCCGGCAGAUUGCAAUUAGUGUGCUCAAGAACUUGAUGAUAAAGCAUUCUUUUGAUGACAGAUAUGCUUCCAGGAGCCAUCAGGCACGAAUAGCCACUAUGUAUUUGCCACUCUUUGGACUGCUCAUAGAAAAUGUUCAGCGAAUCAAUGUCAAAGAUGUGUCUCCGUUUCCUGUUAACCCUUCCAGCAAU